AUGCCGUCGCUGCUCGACCUCCUCCGCCAAACCACCCAGGUCGACUGCGACACCCUCGACGCAGAGGUGGCCCAGACCCUCGGCCCCUUUGCCGACUGCACGUCCAACCAGCUCUGCAAACCGCUCCACCGCACCCUCGUCCAGCAAGCCGCCGCCGACGCAUCCCGCCUCCGCCACCUCCAACCGCCCGCCUCUCCCGGCGAGUUCAUCGUCGACAUCCUCAUGGUCAAGCUGCAGCUGCUCGUCGUGCCCCACCUCUCCGGCUACGUGCACGUCCAGACGAACCCCCGGCUGGCCUACUCCACCCAGGGCACGCUGGCCAACGCAAGACGCAUCGUGGCCCUCUUCCAGGCCUUGUCCGACGUCGGCCCCGGCCGCGUCUGCGUCAAGAUCCCUGCCACCUGGGAGGGCCUGCAGGCCUGCCGGGUCCUGCAGAAGGAGGGCAUCGCCACGCUGGCCACGACCAUGUUUUGCAUGGAGCAGGCGGCCUUGGCCGGCCACGUCGGGUGCACCUAUAUUGCGCCCUACGUCAACGAGCUCAAGGUGCAUUUCGAAGACGGAUACGUCGACCCCAGUCCCUCCUUCCCCUUCACCCGCCUCUCCCAGCACUACUACGCCGCCCACGCCCUCCGGACCCAAGUCCUCGCCGCCUCCCUCACCUCCACCGACCAAGUCAUGCAGCUCGCCGGCGUCCACCACAUCACCGUCGCGCCCCCGCUCCUCCGCCAGCUCGCCGCCACCGACGCGGCGUCCUGGACCGGCAGCCUCGGCACCUACCUCGCCCAGCCCGUCAGCCUGGACGCCGAGUACGACGCCAUCCUCGACGACGAGAGUGCCUGGCGGCUCGCCUUUGCCAGGAGCGCUUUCGGGGCGAGCGAGGCCAAGCUUGUUCAGGCCAUCAAUUACUUUUGCGACUUUCAGGAAAAGAUGGAGGCCUUGGUUGCCGGCGUGGGGAGUCUGCACGGGCAGUGA